AUGGGCCGCUACAUACACAGCUGGAUUCAGGACCUCUUCCACGGCCUCACGUUCCGCUGUCCUGAUGGGACUGAAUGGGACAUUGAAGAAAAGAUUAGCGAGAAGUCCCAUGUGGACAGCAUAGGCUUGGGAGAAGCCCAGGCAGUCUAUCACUGCUGCCAGAGCCUGGGUCCGUCAGUCGGCCUGGAAGCCAUCGUCAAAAUUCGAAUGCAGGUACCGGCUGUAUACCCAGCAAGUUUCGACCCAGAAGUCCGGGCGCGGGAAGCCCAUGGCUGGCUUGGAUCUGCAACAGCGAACGAAAUAUCUACCAUGAAAUAUCUCAAUAAACAUGGCUGCAGUGUUGUCCCUCGCCUACUAAACCUAGCAAUCCUAAGUCAGACUACAGAUGACAUGCCAGUGCCAACCGGUUAUAUGGUGAUGCUAGUAAUAGAGAAGUGCCCUGGAGUCACACUAGUUGACUUUGAAAAAUACAGCGAGGAGAAGAAGGAGAAAAUUCGACGGACAUUCCGUAGGGAUUUCACGAAAUUACUGCAAUAUCACACCUAUACUGCAGAUGCAAACGCUUCGAAUAUCAUUUAUGACGAAAAGGAGGAUAGAUGCUGGUUCAUCGACCACGAGCAUACGUUUAUCCGCGAGCAAGAAAAUAUGGAAUUCUCGGAAUACGAUUACCAGGAAUGGGGACUGGAGCCGUGGCCGUAUAGCCCUGAGAGGAAGCACGAAAUAGACCAAGCAUUCUUUAAGCAGGUCGAGGAAAAGGAGGCCCGAGAAAAAGAGGCCCAAGAAAAGGAGGCCCAGGUAAAGGAGGCCCAGGAAGAGGCUGAUCGGUAG